ACUUUUCUUGGAAAUAUGGAAAUUACAAAAUAUCGGGUAUUCCGGUAAAUCAUUAAAAAUAGUUUAGAAUCCGACCUGUGUUUUUCGCUCGUUGGUCGAUCUUGUUCAACAUGGCCUCAGAUGAAAUAAGAGAAGACCAAAGAAACAGUAAGGAAUUGGAAAAUAAGAAGAUUGAAGAAUCUGUCAAAGAUACGAACUACACUUUUAUUUUUGUUGGUAAAACCGGCACUGGUAAAAGCUCUUUAUGCUCAAGGAUCAGCGGCAGUGAUAAGUUUCAAGAUUCUGACUCUGGAGAAUCCAAGACCUCUGAACCACAGAUGGCACAAUCGAAUCAUUUCGGCGUUUCAGUGACUGUAGUUGACACCGCUGGCAUUAUGGACACCUCAGUUACAAGUCAGGAAGCCAAUAUCAAAAGUCGGGAUGAUAUGUAUAAAGCGAUAGCUCUCUGUCCUCCUGGCGGUAAAAGGGCGAUCAUCCUUGUUCUGAAAUAUUUAGACCGAUUUACUGAUGCAGAUAAAGAGUGUGUUCGUAUCGUAGAAACGAUAUUUGGUGAUGAAUGCUUGGAGAAAAACUGCAUCAUUAUUAUGACACAUGGAGACGUAUUCGACAAACGAAAUCAAAAACGAAAUUUAACUUUUGAAAACUGGUGUCAACGUGAACAAGGCGAGCUAAGGACUUGGUUUGAAAAAUGCAAAAAAAGGAUUUUAUUGUUUCGUAAAAACGAUGAAGAUUUGGAAAUGAAUGAAAAACAAAUCAAAAAUCUUAUCCAGAUGACGGACACUCUGGAUGAAAGCUAUACCAAUGAGAAAUUUGAAGUGGCUAAAAGAAAACACAAGAGAUUACUCCUAAAUGCAAAGCUACCUAAUCUACUGGAAACAUUUCAAAACAACUUGAAUGAACUUAAGGGCGAGAUUAAUUCAGAGGAUCUAAAUUUGGAUCAGUUGAAAUCUUUAAAAUCGAAAGCCAUCAAACUCUUCAAUGACUUAGAAGAGGAGGAUGAUGUCUAUUAUAGAAAGGAUGAACAAAGUGUUUUACAUGAGCCCAAAUCACAGGCCAAGCAGAACAUUGAUCACAUUAAUGAUCGCAUAGUGAAUAUGCUGAAAAAGCUUUUGGUCAAAGACAUUGACAUUCUGAAACGCAAGAUACAAUCCUGUGAAAGUUUGGACAAUCUGGACAAGCUAGAGAAAGAAACCAACCAGCUCAAUGAACGCUUUUCACAGCACGGUCUGAUUGUUAGCCAUCAGGCGAUUGAUAUUGAUGAAAACAGAAAUGAUUUUAACCUACAAAGUGCCGAUUUACGGGUUUUCCAAAAUGUCAUCGACCAGAUGAAAGAAUUAAGUGAAAUUAUUAAUGAGAAAAGAAAAGAGUUGAUCUCGGUACAAAACUUACAGAAAAUAAGAUCUAGAUUUAAGUCUCUCAAAAGAGACUUUCGUUGUAUUCCUAAGAUAGAUUAUAGCAAUCAAGCUCGUUUUGAUACUUUAAAUGAAACAUAUCUACUUUUGAAUAGCAUCCAAAGAAGUGACUCGACGGCCAGUUUAAUUGCAGAAAUAGCAGAAUUUCAGGAAGAAGCUGAAAAAUCGGUAUUUACUGACCAACCUUGUUGGUAUUGUUGUGAAAUCCUGUAAAUAAACUCCUAUGAGCUAUAAUCAAGGAUUCACCAGCAGUGCAGUUUGCUAUCAAUACUUUUAAUGAUUCUUCCUUAGCUAACGCCCAUUGCCAUUCCCGAGAAGAUAUUGUCGUUCGAAGAAAACACUAGCCUAGGAGCAUGAAAGAAUGAUACGCCUUCACUUGAUAUUUUGCUAAGGACAACUGAUCAACUGAAGAACUGUUGAUAUUUGGUUACGUGAACUGUCACAACACGACCUGAAUGCAAGGAUAAGGAUAUAUAACCAUAAAUGAUGAAUAUAUUUUGUGAAACACAGCACUCAUCCUUAAUCUUCGGGAAUCGAAGACAUUUCUUUUACAGUAGAAAUUAUUAUUUUUAUCAGUAGUAUUAUUUGAAAAAAGAGCACAUAUUUAUUCUCUGACGCUGCCAGGUGAAAUUAAUUAGAGGGAAACAAAAUUCACUGUAGUCACUUUGUGUCUAUUAGAAAAAUGUCUGAUGAUGUGGAAGGUCUGCAGUAGAACAGAGAACAAGAAUCUUCUUCAGGAUUUUUAUGGCUUCGACUGUGUAAGCAAUGUACGCUCUCAUCCCCCAUCUUCGAUUGAUAUAACUACAGGGUUCAUAAAUAGUAUUGGGAACACUUUUAGAUCCGAUUUUAGGAGCCGCAAACAUACGCCAGGAUAUGUGAAUGGAGCAAGUCCAAGUGGUACGAAAGCUAAGACCAUUGUGAUUCGGGAAGAGAAGUCUGGAAGGUUCUCAAACGCCCCAAACAAUAAGGGUGAAUGGUGGCAGUUAGAUAAAAAUGAUCAGAAAUUUUCAACACGGUUUCGUACUGGAAACUGUUUGAAAGGAUGCUACUUAGCUAGGAUCCGGGAGAACCACGAUCCCAGAUAUCCAAACUGUCCCACACAAAAAAAACAAUAGAACACAUCCCUCUACGAAUAAUAAUAAUAAUAAUAAUAAUAAUAAUAAUAAUAAUACUGAACUGAACAUCUGCUGUACUGGGACAGGCCUAUUCUGACCGACAAAACAGUAGAUUUCAAUCGCCCGGAUCUGCUGUUCAUCGAUAAAAAAGAAAAAACCGCUACCAUUAUCGAUAUCGCCGUACCACUGUCUCAUAAUUUAAGAAAAACUGAGAUAGAAAAACAAAGAAAAUAUGGGAACCUAGGCUUGGAGAUUAAGCGUCUAUGGAAAUUGUCCAAAAUAACAAUAUACCCCAUUGUUAUAUCAACCGAGGGGAUAAUAACAACUGACCUCACAGACACCUUCAAGGCCCUUAACAUUCCUAGGAACAUCUUCGUUGCCUGUCAGAGGGCGGUACUGCUGCAGACCUGCCACAUCACCAGAAAAUUCCUCAGUGGAAACUGUUAAAGGGACUACGAUGAAUUUUGUUUCUCUUUAGCGAAACUCGACCCUGGCAGCGCCAGAGAAUGACUACUCGUUCAUUUCUAACAUAAUAAUAAUAAUAAUAAUAACACGGCUUGUCUUCCAGUCCGAAGAUAAAUGAGGAAUGCAAUAUUCCUCGUAGCUACGCAGCCCCAUCUGUGACCUACAUAUUUUACCAAGCGUAACCAACUGUCCGCCGGUGGUUAAUCAAGAUUUUGUUUUCGCCGCGUCUGUGUUCGGAAGUGGUUUUUCUUUUGGUCUCAAAAAAGUGUAUCCCACAACCUUUGUGAGUGACCUCCAGCUGUCUCGUUCUGAGGACGCAUGCAACCAGGUCUCUAGGAAUGCAGGGUGCUCAGGAACACAGUCGAAGAUACGGCUGGUUUAGGAACAGAUAGAACUGGUGCAUGCGGGGGUCUUGCCCUGUAUUUAGACAGGCAAACCCUAGAGAUCAAUGCUUGGACCCUGCUACAAAGGAUUAAUCACAGCUCAGAGCCUGACUGCAUGGAGGCUUACAUUUCAUAAGAUGACACACAAAAAUGCAAUAGAAAUAAUGUGAAGCUUUGUUAAUCUUGAACACAAAAUUUUUACCGCUAUGCCAUUUCGUGUCACCCUAACCCUGACAUCCGCAUGAUGACACUGGAAGGCAGGUUAUGAGCCCGGCAUCAUUGAGACCACGGACGGCAGUCCAGUUUGCAUUUCACACGACCAAGCAGUAAUCCUACAAAAUACAGUUGCAUUUCAAAAUAUAUACUCAACACUUUUUCAUUUAUAUCCCUUUUGAAAACUUAAAGAAAAGGAAUUCAGUGCACUUGUACAGACAGACCUAAUCACUUGGACGGAAUAACGCUUCGACCAUAGGAGGAAUUAGCAAAGUAAAAGAGGUUGUGGCUCAUUAGACAACUGUGUUGAAAAGUGACAAUGACCUUGACAUACGAUGGUACGAAACCAGGGCAUGACGUUAGCAUCGUCUGGAACUGAGCCUAACAAGAUAUGAGAUUUUAAGAUAUGACAUAAGCAAAUCUUUAUAUCUUCACAUUUAUCAACCUACAGUUAUUAGGCUUUACAAUGAACUAUUUUAAUACAUUUUGUGUGUGUAAAUCUCGCUUAUAUUGAGUGAAAUUGCAUCAAUUGUUUUGAAUGACUCAUGUAAUUAUUUUUUAAUGUAUCAAAAUUUAACCAUAUAUUUAGAAAAAAAAAUCAUAUGCUUUAGCUUUAAACAGUUGAAAGGCAUGUCUAUGCGAGACUAUAAUGUUUGCUGUUAUAUCCCUGUUUGAGAUUUUAUGAUAUGAAUAUUUUUUUUAAACUACAAAAGUCAAUAAAGAAAAUAAAGGAAAUAAAAGUUACUAAUAAUAGAUUAA